AUGGUGCGGGUGGUGGCCCUGUGGGCGCUGCUGGUGCACGUGCGGCCCCAGCCGAGCCCGGCGGCCGGCGGCGGGCGGGCGCUGCUGCACACACACGUGCGGUGGGAGGCCGACGACCACGACGACCGGCUCGCCGGCCGCUUCCUCCGCACCAUCGUCUACGACCAGCGCGCCGACUUCGCCAACAUAUCUCAGAUGUUCGACGGCGACCUCAAACUCCUCAGCCGCGUCGACUACGUCGUAGAUUACGAAAACUACAUCUCCAGAAAAUACAGCAGAUACAAAAGGGAGACCCACUCGCUCAUAGCUCCCUUCGAUAUAUCUAAAAUGUUCAAAAAGAAAAAGUAUAAAAAUAAAACGGACAAUAUGUCGCAGCCGAGCGCCUCGUCCCUGCAGGCCAGCAUGGCCGGCCGGCCGGACGACGCGGAGCAGGCGGCCGACGCCGCCCGCUCCACGUACCCGAACAACAAGCGGGACACCGGCCGCACAGCGCCCGACACCCUCGCGACCCAACAAACGUACACGACGCGUCACAAUCAUAUAUACAAUUCCAGUGCACAAUCGUCAAAACCGAUUCCACCUCUACGACUGAAAAUCACAGAAGAGGAGGGCGGCGGUGAUGUGAAUAGUGCUGGCGGAGGUGGUUCCGGCAGACGCGAGGUGCGGCUCCCGUACAAGAAGAAACCUACCGAAAACGAAACAUUGUGGCCGGUGAAGCAUGCGGCCGUCGUCGAGGGUGACAUCAUACUCGGUGGACUUAUGAUGGUGCACGCGCGGUCGGAGGGCGCGACGUGCGGGCGCGUGAUGUCUCAGGGCGGCGUGCAGGCGCUGGAGGCGAUGCUGUUCGCGCUGGACGAGGCGGCGCGCGCGCGCCUCCCGCCGCCCGGCGUGCGGCUCGGCGCGCACGUGCUCGACGACUGCGACAACGACACCUACGGCCUCGAGAUGGCGCUCGACUUCAUCAAGGGCUCGAUAAGCAACAUCGACGACGCGGAAUACGCGUGCAACGCGACCGCCGUCCGGAAGGUGAUCUCCGGCGUGGUGGGCGCGGCCUCCAGCGUCACCUCAGUGCAAGUCGCCAACCUGCUGCGACUCUUCAAAAUACCCCAAGUUUCGUUUUUCUCGACGUCUCCAGAACUAUCGAACAAAGCUCGCUUCGAGUACUUCACAAGGACCAUUCCUUCCGACCAACAUCAGGUUCGAGCGAUGGUCGAAAUAGUGAAGAAACUGGGCUGGAAAUAUGUGUCCAUUAUAUACGAGGAGUCCAACUACGGCAUCAAGGCAUUCGAAGAACUGGAGACAUUGCUGGCACGUAACGACAUAUGUAUCGCAGUCAAGGAACGGCUCGUGAAGGACUCCGGCGAGGCGGACGAGAACGCCUACGACGCAAUAGUGUCACGGUUGUUAUCUCGACCGAGAGCUAGAGGGGUGAUCGUGUUCGGGUCGGACCAGGAGGUGGCGGGCGUGAUGGCGGCGGCGGGGCGGCUGCGCGCCACCGACACGUUCGGGUGGGUCGGCUCGGACGGGUGGAGCGCGCGCGCGCUCGUCUCCGAGGGCAACGAGGCCGCCGUCGAGGGCACCAUCAGUGUGCAGCCGCAGGCCAACCCCGUGCGAGGCUUCCGCGACUACUUCCUCAACCUCACCGUGCAGAACAACCCGAGGAACCCCUGGUUUGUCGAAUUUUGGGAGGAUCACUUCCGAUGUCGGUACCCGGGCAGCGCGCGCACGCCCUACAACGGGCAGUACUCGCGCGCGUGCUCGGGCCGCGAGCGACUCACCGCCGACAACACGGAGUUCGAGGCGCAGCUGCAGUUCGUCGCCGACGCUGUUCUCGCCUUCGUGCACGCCAUCAGGGACAUGCACGACGAUCUGUGCGGCGGCAAGCCGGGGCUCUGCGAGGCGAUGCGGCCGGCGAGCGGCGCGGCGCUCCUGCGCUACCUGCGGAAAGUGCGGUUCAUAGGUCUCAGCGGCGACGAGUUUCAUUUCGACAGUAACGGCGACGGUCCCGUGCGCUACAACAUCCUACACUUCAAGCAAGUCUCGCCGGGAGUCUAUCGCUGGCUUAAGGUCGGCAGAUAUCUGGACGGGGAACUGGAACUGAACAUGGACGACAUCCAAUUCAAAUGGGAGGAGCGGCGGCCGCCGGAGUCGGUGUGCAGCGCGGAGUGCGAGCUGGGGCAGGCCAAGCAGUACGUGGAGGGAGAGAGCUGCUGUUGGCACUGCUUCAACUGCACACAAUACGAGAUCCGGUCGCCGGUGUCGGAGACGGCGUGCGCGGAGUGUCCGCUGGGCACGCUGCCGGACGCGGCGCGCACCAGCUGCGCGCGCGUGCCCGAGCUCUACCUGCGGCCCGACCACCCCGCCGCCAUCGGAGCCAUGGCCUUCUCCACGCUCGGUCUACUGCUCACUACAUUCGUGCUGAGCGUGUGGGCGGCCCACGGCGACACGCCGGUGGUGCGCGCCAGUGGCCGCGAGCUGUCGUUCGUGCUGCUGACCGGCAUCAUGAUGUGCUACCUCAUUACCUUCGCGCUCGUGCUGCGCCCCACCGACUUCCUCUGCUCUCUGCAACGAUUUGGAACCGGCUUCUGUUUCACAGUGGUAUACGCGGCGCUCUUGACGAAAACCAACAGGAUAGCUCGUAUCUUUGACGCCAGCAAGCACUCCGCCCGCCGGCCCUCGCUCAUAUCGCCGAAGUCACAACUAGUCAUUUGCUCAAUACUAGUUUCAAUUCAGGUGGUGGUGGUGGUGGUAUGGCAGGUGGUGUCCCCGGCGCGCGCCAUCCACCACCACCCGUCGCGGGAGGACAACAUGCUGGUGUGCGACUCGUACGUGGACGCCUCCUACACCAUCGCGUUCUUCUACCCGGUGGUGCUCAUCGUGGUGUGCACCGUGUACGCCGUGCUCACCAGGAAGAUACCGGAGGCCUUCAACGAGAGCAAGCACAUCGGGUUUACAAUGUACACGACUUGCGUGAUCUGGCUGGCGUUCGUGCCGUUAUAUUUCGGCACCGCGAGCCACGUCCCGCUGCGGGUGACCAGCAUGGCCGUCACGAUCUCCCUGAGCGCGAGCGUCACCCUCGCCUGUCUCUUCGCGCCUAAGCUGUACAUAAUCAUAGUGCGGCCGGAGCGCAACGUGCGCGCGACGCUGAUGCCGCCGCGGUGGCGCGCGGGCGGCGCGGGGUGCGCGGGGGGCGCGGCGCGCGCGGGGGGCGCGGCGGGCGCGGCGGGGGGCGCGGUGUGCGCCGCCUUCGUGGGCGCCGCGCCGCUGCCGCGCGCCGCCGACCUCACGCCCUCCACCGACCUCUCCACGCUCAACGACACCGAAAAGAACGGCUCGUUGGAUAGACAAGUCCAGACCGAUGAGACGUUUUUGUAUCCUCGACUGAAACUCAUCAGUAGUGAUCGUCACAACUGCGACAUAGAAGAAAAUGGGUUGUGCCUGGAUCCUAGGCGGCUACUGGAGCUGCGCAGCAUCGGCGGGGGCGCGGUGCCGGCGUACCACGUGGACGGGGCGGCGGGGGUGGUGGGGGCGGUGGGGGCCGUAGGGGCGCUGGGGGCGUUGGGGGCGACCGCCGGCGACGCCGUGGACAGCGCCACGAGGGUGGAUUUUGGUGGACUCACCGGGAGCGACAGGGGGCAACUCCUGUUUGCUGUGCCUGCUCCAGGGGAAGCCCUGGAGCAGCCUGUGGAGGCGCUAGCCUCCGUAUUACCCGCCCAACUUCGGUUGGGCGUGUCUCUUUUGGCGCCGAUCUGA